UCUGAUCUGAUUCGGUUGUUUAAUUACCGGCUCAGCUGCUGGGUCCAUAUUGCUCUCGCAUGUAAUUAAGACUGCAAUUAAUUUGGCAUGUACAACUCGGCCAAAAAGCUACAGCGUGUGCUCACAGCACGCGAAAUUCGGAAAACAUUCAUCGAUUACUUUACGGUCAACCAUGAACACAAAUUUGUGCGCUCCAGUCCGGUGGUGCCCUUCUGCGAUCCCACCGUCGCAUUCGUCAAUGCAGGCAUGAACCAGUUCAAGUCCAUUUUUCUGGGCACAGCUGAAGCACCGUACAAACGUGUCGUGAAUUCCCAGAAAUGUGUACGAGUCGGUGGCAAGCACAAUGACUUAUCGGUUGUGGGUCAGGAUGGAUACCAUCACACGUUCUUCGAGAUGCUAGGCAACUGGUCUUUUGGUGAUUACUUCAAGCGGGAAGCUUGUGCAAUGGCAUUGGAGCUGCUGCGCGGCCCAUACAACAUUGAUCCUUCGCGUUUGUAUGUCACCUACUUUGCCGGCGAUAAACUGCUUGGCAUACCAGCCGACAUGGAGUGCUUCGAAAUUUGGCGGAGUUUGGGUUUUCCGGCUGCACGCAUCUUGCCUUUCGGCUGCAAGGAUAACUUUUGGGAAAUGGGCACAACCGGUCCGUGUGGACCUUGUACUGAAAUACACAUAGAUCACAGACCUGGUGAUGGUCCAGCUAGUAUUGAGCAGCGCGCAAAGCUAGUGAAUGCGGGUCGUCCAGACCUCACUGAGCUUUGGAAUUUGGUGUUUAUACAAUACAAUCGCAAUGCAGAUGGCAGUAUAACACAACUGCCCGCUCAGCACGUGGACACGGGCAUGGGCUUCGAGCGAUUGGCUGCUCUGCUACAGAACAAAUCCUCCAAUUACGACACGGAUCUCUUCACACCGUUAUUUGAUGCCAUACAUAGUCUCUCCAAGGCACCCGUGUAUACCGGCAGCUUUCCCGAUGAUCAGAACGCCGCGCUACUUGACACGAGCUACAGAAUACUUGCCGAUCAUGCACGCAUGGUGACAGCGUGCUUGGCCGAUGGCAUGUUGCCGGAUCAAAACCAAAAAUUGCGUCGCGUGUUACGAAAGGCACUGAGUAUAUCGGAGCAGGUAUUUGCACAUGAUAAACUUCUGUCACAGCUGGUACCUAUUGUAGUCGAGACGCUUGGCGAGGCUUAUCCGGAAAUGUCGACCAAACAGCAGGCUGUUAUCGAGUUGAUUGCCCACGAGCAGGAGGUGUACAAAAAUCUGCGUGAGAGUUCAUCUAAGGCUUUUGCCGAGGUUCUAACUGAGUUUCCCAAACUGGAUGACAUUGAUCUAAUGGAAUGCCCUGGUUUCGUUCCCGCCUAUCGAGAAUUUCAAGUGCAACGCUCAAAUUUUCCCAACAAUACGAUACCCGGUGAAUUUCUAUACAAGCUGACGGACACCUAUGGCCUUACCGAGGAGAGUUUCCUGAAGCUAGCCGAGCUAGAAAACAUGAACUGUGAUUUGGAUCGUUAUCGUGCCGAAUUGGCGCUGGCCAAACUUAAAACCAAGGAGCCACAGAAUAACCGUGGCGACUUCGACCUGGCCCUUCAGCAGCGCAUCGCAGAUGCACAAGCGCAGCUCACCAAGCGACUGGCAUCCACUGACAACAGUUACAAGUAUAUAUACAGCUAUGAUGAAGAAAACGAAACCUAUGCGAUCCCGAUGCUGAAAAGUUGCGUCCUAGGCAUUCUACAAGACGACUCGGAAGUUUCUCGCAUUCGCCCAGAAACGUCUCUCAAAACGCUCUCAAUUGUCACAGCUGCAAGUAAUUUCUACUUCGAAUCUGGUGGUCAGCAAUCGGAUCUUGGAAAGCUGUUAGUGCACAACAAACAGAAGCCAGAAGAGCCUCAUCAGUUGGAAGUAGUUGGCGUAAAGCACCUCAAUGAGUGUGUGGUGCAUGUUUGCCGCCUGACCACACCCAGCGACGACUUCGAUCUGGCCGUUGGGGAUGAGGUGCAGCUCGAGGUAGAUGCCAAGCAUCGUCAGUUGAAUGCGUGCCACCACACAGCCACCCAUCUCCUGAAUGCCGCCAUACGAUCUCUCUUCAAUAAAGUGACAUAUCAGGUUUCUAGCGCAGUGAGCAGUGAGCAGUGCAAGUUGGAGCUAGGCCUCUUGGGCAAGCGCAUAAGCAAAGCCGAUGUGCAGCACAUUGAGGAUCUGAUCAACCGCGCAAUCUGCUCAGCCACGCCCGUCCAAGUACAUCAGCUCAGCGCAGCCGAUGUGCUGCAGCAGAACGAUAUCACUAUGGUGCCCGGUGAAGUUUACCCUGAGCAAGGACUGCGUCUGAUUAAUGUGCAAUGCCCAGAGCUAAAUCUGAGCUCCAAGGAACUGUGCUGCGGCACGCAUGUGACCAACACGAAGGAGAUGUCCUGCUUCUGCAUUGUUAAUCUCAAGCAAACCAAUAGAGCCCGCUAUGCCUUUACAGCCGUAGCUGGACAGGCUGCAGAGAAUGUUCUAAAAACAGCAGCACUGCUACGUCAUCGUGUGGACGUGCUGGAAAAUCAGUUUCAAACAGACAAGCUAACAAAUGCCACGGAAACCGAACUGCAGACCAUACGCCAAAACAUGCUGCACUCGGACAUAAAGCUGCCCUACGCUUUUAAGAUGGACACGCUCGAUCGCAUCAAUCAAAUGCUACGUAGACUUAAGGAGACAUCGCGCACAACCCUUAAAGAAUUUGUGGAAGUGGAAAUGCGAAAUGUACUACUCGAAAAGCCGCUUGAUACGCAUCCCUACAUCCUACACUUUAUAAGCAGCUCAGCGCUGGUUGAGGAGAUUCCCUUGCAACGUGCCACGAAAUUAUGCACAGAUCGUCCCAUUCUGGUUGUAAGCAUGUGUGAUAAUAUAGUCAAAGCGCGCUGCUGUGUGCCGCAGAACUGCAUUAGCAAGCAAUUUAAUGCUUCGCUUUGGCUGCAAUCGUUUGCGGAAACUUUUAAUGGCCAAGUGGCUGCGCCCAAGGGUCAAAAUCCCGAAGUCGUCUGCAACAUGAAAGGACGCAAAGUUAACACACAGUUCGAGGAGCAAUUGGAGCAGGCGAUGCGCAAUGCUCAACUCUAUGCCAAACGUUAUUUGGAGUUUUAAUUUGCCCCAGAGUAAACGCAAGCUAUAAGUUUGCUAUUGUUAAAUGGGAAUAUAUUGCAGACUAUUAGAUGUA